AUGUCUGCAGCGACGGCGCUACAGAGUUUCUCAUUAACGAACAACAUUCUUGAGAUCUCACCUCAAGAUGAAAUCUACAAAUUCGAUGCCGCAGAGAACCAAAGGAUAAACAGGGAGGCACCAUGGUCCAAGGAGUACGUCGUCUCGGAUGUCGAUCUCAAAGCGAAAUGGGCGCUGAUAGGCAGAAUUGUAGCCCUACAUACUUCAAGUCCUGUUAUCCAUGCCAGGUCGGGUGUGCCACACGAGAUUAUGGGCUUGAUGCAGGGCAAAGUCGUCGGAACGUCCAUUGUGAUCAUGGACUCGUUCGCACUGCCAGUACAGGGCACAGAAACCCGUGUCAACGCAGCCGCAGAAGCCAACGAGUACAUGGUGGAAUACAUCCAGGGAAGCGAGAAGGCUGGACGACUCGAGAACGCCAUUGGCUGGUACCACUCACAUCCAGGCUACGGAUGCUGGCUAUCAGGAAUCGACGUCAACACCCAAAUGAACAACCAGAAAUUCCAAGAUCCAUUCAUCGCGGUUGUCAUUGAUCCCAAUCGCACCAUCUCGGCUGGAAAGGUGGAUAUUGGCGCCUUCCGCACCUACCCAGAGAACUACACGCCCCCCAACGCUUCUUCGUCCGAAUACCAGUCCAUUCCGCUGAGCAAGAUCGAAGAUUUCGGUGUACACGCGAACCAAUACUACCAAGUUGACGUGGAGAUCUUCAAAUCGAGUCUGGACAACGAACUUCUUGCCUUGCUGUGGAACAAGUACUGGGUAAACACUCUGAGUCAGAGUCCAUUGAUCUCGAAUCGAGCGUACGCCGUGUCCCAGCUCUCCGAUCUGCACCAGAAACUCUCCAAAGCAACGUCCUCCGUCCCCAGCACGCGCCCGAUCAUUCCCUCCCUCAAAUCCAAAGACGGCGAAGGCAAGCAAAAGGAGAAGGAGGAGAAGAAGAAAGACGAGAACCAGUUGGCGAAGAGUGUCAUGGAUAGCACAAAGAUAGCCGUCGAAGCCCAACACGGGCUCAUCGCCCAAGUGAUCAAGGACGUCAUCUUCUCCAUGCGACCCAAGAACGACGCAGCUCAAUCCUCACAAGCGGCCUCUGCGCAGGUUGCGGAUGUCACUGAUAUGGCCAUCGGCUAGUCGCAGACUGAAGCGUCGGAACAUGCAUUCAUUCCUUCAUUUGCAUCUGUGCAUCCACCCCCUACGCCAUUUUCGCUUCGAAUUCCGCUCCAGAGUGCAGUACCCCCGCUCGUCCAUCGCAUCGUUUUUGCAAGGUUUCUUGAACUUCGUGUUACUCAUUCCAAUAUGUACUAUUAGUCAAAUCUACGCAUCGAGUCAAGAUCUGGUA